AUGUCUGAGGCCCUGAAAAACAGCGUCCCGACAGACAAUCCCCCUUCCUACGAAACUCUCUCCGUCCCUCCUCCAACAGGGAUACAAACAGGUACAGCGCCUCCGCCAGGUCGCCGCCCCCUCCGUCCUCCGCCACCCCUGGAACUCCCCGCCCUUAACCUUCUGCGAAACAAGCGCAUCAUUCUCGCAUCCCAAUCUCCUCGCCGGAAGCAACUCCUAGGUCAAAUCGGACUGCAUAAUGUCGAGAUAAUCCCCUCGAAAUUUGAAGAGAACCUACCAAAGACACUGUCCCCAUUCGAGUACGUCCUGGCUACUGCGACGCAAAAGGCAUUGGCAGUAUAUAAACAGGAGGUGGACAAUCAAGCCAAAGGCGAACCAGGAUUGAUCAUUGCAGCAGAUACGAUUGUUGUGAGUUCGCUGGGAGAGAUUUUGGAAAAACCGACAAGUGAGGCCCAUCACAUCGCGAUGCUGAAAGGCCUGAGGGACUUGGGGAUACAUAAAGUCUACACUGCCGUGUGCGUGGUCGCUCCCCUCGAAAGUGCAAGAGAUCCCGGAUACGCCAUCGAGACUUCCACCGAGGAAACUACCGUCAAAUUCGACUCGGAAGUGACGGACGAAUUGCUUUUGGCAUAUGUAAGGACCAGAGAAGGAGCGGACAAAGCGGGCGGAUAUGGGAUACAAGGCACCGGAGCGAUUUUGGUGGAGAAGAUAGAUGGCAGUUUUGAUAAUGUGGUUGGCCUCCCGCUAAGGACAACAUUGAAGUUGAUUGAGAAGGUCAUGCAGAAGGCGGAGGAUGACGAUAUCUUGGAUGGCGAGGGCGAGGACCUGCUUGAGGAUGAGUGA